CCGCUAUUUCUCUGGACUGAAGAAAGAGUCAGUGAUUUAACGGGGCGGCAUCACAUCCUCCUCAGUCUCCACCGGCUUUCCCAACGCGGCUGAAUGGGAGCAGGGAAGUCUAUUCCCUAGCCCCCUUAAAGGGCGGCGACCAAGUAGGGCGGACAGGGCUGGGCUGGGGCGAGACGUGUCCUUCCCCAAGAGUAACUCAGAAAAUGUUCCAAAAGAGGUUCGACAGAUGCGCGAAGAAUUUGUCCGUAACUCCCAGCCAGCAGACGGACUGGCAGGUAGCGCAACGAUUCCAGCUCCAACAAGUCCUGGGCAAAUCCUCCCAAGGAUUGUAACCGUACUUCAAGAGUUCUUACGAUAGCAGAUAUGGAGGCGGCGGAGUGUUUCAAGUUACGAACAUCCAAUUUUCUCUCUAUCUCAAAGAAGUGUGGAGGCUCAGUGGUUGAGUACGUCUGGGAAAGAACUUGAUAGAUUUUUAAAUACUAGCGGAAUCCAGGAAUUUGGGGAUAAUGUCAGAAAAUGCGGUUGAGACAAGCAUUUAGUCAUGACCUUCUUGAACUGCAGAGCAACCUUAAGGUUGGCUUAUGAAACUUGUGAGAGAAAACAAUCCAUUAACAACUCUAAAUUGCAACAUUACAAUCAGAAUGCUGACUGACAGCAUCUGUGGACUCUAUGGGAGAUUGGACGUGCUGGAAUUGUGCAUUUAGCUUGCUUUUGAUAAGGUUCCAUGUGUAACACGUUUGUAAAAACUAUUGUGCUGAAAAUGGAGAACGUAACAUUUGAGAAUGCUGGAGCCAACAACUCAAACUUAACUGUUGGAGUGACAAUGACCAGCCCUUAUAAGACUGUUGAGAUUGUCUUCAUAGCUGUUGUGACUGGAUCCCUUAGCUUGGUCACAGUGGUAGGCAACAUAUUAGUCAUGCUAUCCAUCAAAGUUAAUCGCCAAUUGCAGACCGUUAACAACUACUUCUUAUUCAGCUUGGCAUGCGCUGAUCUGAUCAUUGGAGUCUUUUCCAUGAACUUGUACACAGUCUAUAUUAUUAAAGGCUAUUGGCCUCUGGGAGCUGUAGUCUGUGACUUGUGGCUAGCAUUGGACUACGUUGUGAGCAAUGCUUCUGUUAUGAACCUUCUGAUUAUCAGUUUCGAUCGGUACUUCUGUGUCACGAAACCACUGACUUAUCCAGCUCGAAGGACCACCAAGCUGGCUGGGCUGAUGAUAGCGGCAGCUUGGAUACUCUCCUUCAUCUUGUGGGCUCCAGCCAUCCUCUUCUGGCAGUUCAUUGUUGGCGAGCGUAAGGUGAAAAAAGGACAAUGCUACAUUCAAUUCUUCUCCAACCCUAUUGUGACAUUUGGCACAGCCAUUGCAGCGUUCUACCUGCCAGUUGUCAUCAUGACUGUUCUGUAUGUCCAAGUCUCCUUUGCCAGCAGGAGUAGAAUGAAAAGUCACAGGACAGACAGUCAGAAAGAGAAUACUUCUCGAUCUUCCAACUUUUUCAAGAGUCACUUCAGCAAGCAACAGAAUAACAACAACUCCCCCAAGCCAGCAACGGACUCCUCCAGUGAGACGGUGAGGAAUGGAAAGGUAGAGGAAAAGCCUUCCACGAAACAGGUGUCUCUAAGCCAUCGCGAGGAGAAGGAAACCUCCAAUGAGUCCAGUUCAGCCAGCACUGUCCUCCCCAGUCUCAAAGAGAAAUGCACCAGUGACGUCAUACAGCACGCACAAGCUCCAAAGCUGUCCAAAAUGCAGAGCUCCAAGUGGUCAAGGAUCAAGAUAGUCACCAGGCGGACUGGCAACGAAUGUGUCACCGCCAUCGAGAUCAUGCCUGGAAACGCAACCAACAACACAGCAGCCAACAAGCCUGGCAUUGUCGCCAGGAAAUUUGCUAACAUUGCGAGAAGCCAAGUGCGAAAGAGACGCCAAGUGGCCGCUAGGGAGAAAAAGGUUACGCGGACAAUCUUUGCAAUCCUUCUGGCGUUUAUAUUCACCUGGACUCCUUACAAUGUCAUGGUUCUCAUCAGCACCUUCUGCGAUGACUGUGUCCCUGAGACAGUUUGGGUCAUUGGGUACUGGCUGUGCUACAUCAACAGCACUGUCAAUCCAGCAUGUUAUGCCCUCUGCAACAUUACCUUUAAGAAGACUUUCAAACAUUUGCUAUUGUGCAAAUACAAGAACAUUGGCAAUGCAAGAUAAAGUGAAUGCCAGAAUUUGGUCUGCAAUGUGUGUUGCUGAGACUUAAAGAUGUAAAUAUUCCACAGCGGUAUUUCCAGAGAUGCCAGAUUUACACUGUGCUUGUAUUUUCAGUAUAAAAUUCUUCUGUUUCCCUUCCUGAAGUAGAGCAUGUACAUACCGUAUAAGCAAAGAGAUGACAAUGUGAAAAUUAAAAUCAUAACUCAUCUGAAUAUUGUGCAGGUGCUAGUGGUAGACCAUGUCAGAAAUGUGCUUUUCCUUAUGUCCAGCUUCAGCUCAGCGACUCCAAUUGUACCAGGAUACGAAAGCUUGAUAUGUUGAGAGAUCUACUGAACUACUGUUACAAAAUCUUAAAUAAAAGUGUAAGAUAUCUAGACAACUGUGACAUGGCUGAGUGAAUGCUGUGACUGACUUUUAAUGGUUGAUAUCAAAAAUCCCAAGAAUGGUUUUUUGACAUCACCUACAUCCCAACAUUGAAUUACAGCCCUUCCCUCACCCUGGGCCAUUUAUACAAUGUAAUGUGAUCUUGGCAAAGCAAACAAGCCCGUAUGAAAGCUAAUAUUUGUACUGGCAGGGUCUGGUGACUGGAUACAAUGAGGCUGUCACUGUCGAAUGUUACAGAAAGGUACAAUAUCAGUACGAUAUAACAUUUAUUUAUGAUGGAGUUAUUUAACAAAAGAGCAGAUGAGGUCAGGGCAUAUGUUAAAAUGAACUUCUUGUAAUCUUUCCAAUAAUGCUAUGGCUGUUGUAACUUUUACCCUUUAAUAUUAUUUACAAUAUAAACAUUUAAAACAUU